AUGAUAGCUUCUAUAAGAGAUAUUGGAUUUACUCAUUCUGUUCCAUCUUCACUGAAAAUGGAUGAUAGCACAACGUUACCUAACCCAUUCCCGGAGGAUACGUAUGAAACGAAACCUAAUUUGAAUGAUGACGACUCGCUUUACGCACCUCUACGACGGCAACCAAUGGUCUUGCGUGAGUAUCUCUUGCGUCCACGCACUGAUACAGAAAAGCAAGAAAUCAGAACUAUUGUCGAUGAAAUAGCUGUGAAAAUAUUCAAAACUGAGUUUACUAAAUGUACGUUGGCGAAAGAGGCACCAUCGAUCACAACUGGGAGUUCUUCGUCUUCCACCAGUCGUGUUUCUGCAGGUGAUCAACGAUCGAAGUGGCAUUCAUAUUUUCCAUGCGCGAAAGGUUAUAUGCAAUCGACGUCGUCGGGUCUUCGCAUGCUGUUCGCAUCACGAAAAGGUGCCCUUGAUGCCUUCGAAGUUGCUAAGCCGGCAAUGAGUCACACCUUUGCUAAACUUCUUCAUUGCUUCUCUAAAAUCAUCGGUUUGUUUGUUGUUUAA